AGAGGGGUGGAAUUAUGACGUUUCCCAACUUCCCAAAUUCAAAUAAAAUUGUUCAUGAUUAGGAAUAUCAUAUUUAAAAAUAUGGCGAGGAAAAAGUGAGGUGAAAGGAUUUUGGCGAUGGAGUUCGCCGAAUUGAUAAUUACACCGAAAUUGGACGGAGUUAUUCUUCACAGCCCUUUUAUUGACCCUGUAGAUGGAACUCUUUGUAUAACGGGGCACCAUCUGAUCCUCUCUUCCAGAAAAGAAGAUGUUCAGGAAUUAUGGCUUUUACACCAGUGCAUUGAUUCAGUGGAAAAGAAACAAUCUAGCAACAACACAUCAGCUCAAAACGGUGGCUCAAUUAUACUGAGAUGCAAAGAUUUCAGAACCCUUCAAUUAGAUAUUGCUCACACAGAUGAUUUUCACAAUAUAUUCUUGUCAAUUCAACGCCUGUCCAAUUUAGAAAAGCCUGAACUGCUGUAUCCUUUCUUUUACAGGCCAAUGUACAAUAUUCUAGAAGAAGGUUACACACUUUUUGAACCAGAAAUAGAGUUUGCAAAGCUACUAGCUGGUGAAGAGUGGAGAGUUUCAUAUGCCAACAAAAACUAUUCUAUAUGUAGCACUUAUGGCAGUACCUUAAUUGUCCCCAAAUCUAUAGAUGAUGAUACCAUCAUUGCUAGUGGAAAUUUCAGGGAUGGAGGAAGAUUUCCUAUACUUAGCUACAGACAUGAAAAUGGUACUAUACUACUUAGAAGUGGUCAGCCAAUGUUGAACAAUGCUAAUAGAAGAUGCAAAGCUGAUGAAAAAAUAUUAAAUGCUGUUCUUGGGCCAUACAAAAAAGGCUACAUCAUAGAUAUGAGGAGCCCUAGCUAUAUAAGUAAUUGUAAGGGAAAAGGUGGUGGUACAGAACCAGAUAGUUAUUAUAACCAGUGGAAAAAAGUAUUCAAGCCAUUGGAUAAGAUCUCAAAGUGUGAUGGUUCUGUAAUGGAGCAUUUAUCAAAAUUUAUAGAAGCCUGUAAUGAGGGAAAUUCAAGCUCAGACAAAUGGUUAUCACGUAGCAGUAGCUGGUUUAUGCACAUACAGAAUGUCCUGAAUGCAGCUUGCUUGGUAGCACAAUGUUUGGACAAAGAUGGUGCUUCUGUGCUGGUCCAUGGCUCUAGUGGCCAAGAUAGCACUCUAAUUGUUACUUCAAUAGCUCAAGUGAUACUUAACCCUGAUUGUAGAACAGUCAGAGGUCUGCAGGCAUUAAUAGAACGGGAGUGGUUACAAGGGGGCCAUCCUUUCCAAACUAGGCACCAAAAAUUGUGUUUUUCAAAUGCAAGGUUGAAAGGCUCUCAGCCAACAUUUCUGAUUUUUUUAGACUGUGUUCAGCAACUCUACUAUCAGUUCCCAUGCAGUUUUGAGUUUAAGACUGAUAUGCUCAUUUUGUUGUUUGAACACUCUUAUUUCAGUCAGUUUGGCACAUUUUUAGGCAACUGUGAAUCAGAGAGAGUUCAUAUUGAAUUGUUCAGGAAAACAACAAGUCUCUGGUCAUAUUUGAACAGACCAGAUGUUCUCACCUCUCUAUUGAAUCCUAUCUAUGAGCCUAAUAAAUCUCCAAUAUGGCCUAGUGUUGCCCCAGUUAGUAUUAAUUUUUGGGGUGACCUCUAUUUCAGGUGGAUAAUAGAUCAACAGCAACAGAAGAAAACUUUGGCAAAAGUACAAAAACUUGUACAGCACAGUAAAGAUCUCAGAAGCACAGCUUUAAAAUUGAGGAAACAGCUUUUAGACAAAGUGAAAGAGUAUCAAUGUAUCACUGAAGAGUUGAAAGAGGAAGAUGAAUGAAAUUUGCAGAAAGUCAAUUGCUUGGGAGAUUCCAUAUAAUGAGAUUAAAAAUGACAUUUAAAUUCAAGAUGCUCACAUCCUCAAUAGAAAAAUCACUGAUAGUCAAUUUAAGUACCAUUCCAUCUAGAAUAGUUUAAUGAUAUUUCAUGACAUAGUCAAUUUGAUGUACUUUCUUUUAUUGAGCUUGAUUCAACUAUCCAA